UGUAAGACGACCUGGAGUAAACUGCCAGUUUCGUCACUGAAAAAACAAUCUCAGUGUUUCUUCACGCCCAGAAGUAGUUAUCCAUGGCUUGUUGGACAGUCAAGGGCCGUGAAUUUCCACAGACACUUGCUCCAGUAAAGAGUGUAACAGACGGAGGUCGAAUGAGAUUAUUUCAUCGAUGUGGAUAAUUAGAGGGGUUUGUAAUGGACUUGGAGAUAUUUAUCCUGCAACCCCUCUAUCAACAACUGACGUUCCAACGAGGUAUCCUGGCAUUUGCGGCGAGAGGGCUGCUCUCUGGGGCCCAUAAAACCCCACCGCAGUGUGAAGUACGAAACGGGAAUUAUUCUGCUAUUUCCCAUUGUUCCCGAGGCUUUAUGGGGAACUGGAGGUUUUUCAGUGGAGCUGGUGAUGAAUGAUCUGGCGUUCGAUUAUAUUGAAAUCAUCACGUGCCUCUCCAAAUGGAAAAAGGCUUGGCAGGCGGACGCAUCGGUAUCGGAGUUGAGACCUCGAAAGGUUCAAUUCCGUCAAUGUACCUGAGGAUUACAGUGAGGAUUACAGUGAGGAUUACAGUGAAAAUGUGAAGUGAUAGUGAAUAGUGAAUGGUCAAUAGUCAAUAGUCAAUAGUCAAUAGUCAAUAGUCACUAGUGAAUAGUGAAUAGUGAAUAGUGAAUAGUGAAUAGUGAUAGUGAUAGUGAUAGUGGUGAAACAGGGGCAGAGGUGUGAAAGGGAAUCGAAGGCAGUCAUCAACAAACUCUGCCCCUGAUUACGAUAUUGGAAUAGCAGGAACGAGAAAUGCCUAUCGCUCUGCAGAUCGAAGCCGCGCACGCGUGUAGCAAUCUGUCAAAUUGAAAUAGUAAUAUAACUAUGUUCAAAGACUACUUUAAGUACUAUAAAAGGAGGAAUCCUCCACCGGAAUUGGAAAGUGUAAUUGAUUUGUCAAAUAGUGCUUCGGAGCAGGUUAGAAAAUUACCUGUGCAAUGUGCCACACAAUAUGAGACUGAUAAAACUAUCUUUGGAUUGAAGCCCAUUAAUUCUUGGGAAAUAUUUGAGCUUCCACAUAUUCCAGGACUGAUAUUUAUUAGAAAUCCUUUCACCUCGUCUGGGCAACGUUACUGGAUCACAAGGUGCUUCAAAGAUUACUCGAGGAAGCCCAACAAACUCAAUAUUGAUGUCCAUGAUGUACUGGGGGAGAAGGAGACGUGGUGGGACGUCUGCACAAAGGGUGAUCGGAGAGCUGCAUUACUCAUUCCUAAAUUGCGUUGGGCCACAUUUGGAUAUCACCAUAAUUGGGAUACGAAACAUUACACUGAAGAAAAUAAAAUCGAAAUGCCAAUAGAGGUAGAGGAAAUAACGAAAGUCAUAGCGAAGGCCCUUGGAUUUGACAAUUUCAAUGCCGAAGCGGCCAUUAUAAAUUUUUAUAGAAUGAAUUCUACACUGGCUGGUCAUGUCGACCACUCCGAAGAUAAUCUCGAUGCACCUCUCAUUUCUGUAAGUUUUGGACAGAGUGCAAUAUUCCUAAUUGGGGGAUCGAAGUACGAAGAUCCUGCCCAUGCUCUUUUUAUACACAGUGGAGAUGUUGUCGUGAUGUCUGGUGAGUCCAGGCUACGAUACCAUGGAAUUCCGAGGAUUGUCAGGGCCUGUAAGACACCAUGGGAUGACGAAGAGUUGAGGGAUGAUGUUUUGGUGGAUAGCAAGGAUUGGUGUACCGCUAAGAGCUUUAUUUCCGACGCGAGGAUUAAUAUAAAUGUCAGAAGAGUUUUAAGACCCGAACAAAUGACAUUAACUACAUGUCAGCCCCGAAGAACGUGGUUUUCUUCAAGAAUUUCAAUAUUUUCUUCUGCCAUUUUCACGCUGAAUUUGGUGAAUAAAUUUAAAUAGCCGGAAAGAGAGUCAGCUGAUAUACUCCAUUCUCGUGUGAUCAACUCCAACAGCGAAUAUGUCAGGAAAAGACAGGCUACCAAUUUUUCCUUCUCGGGG